AUGGCUGGAGCGCUGAGUGUCAGCAGCCAGCCAACGACACGGCAACUAGCAUCUACACAGUCAUUGUUUGACACCCCUGAGAUUCAGCAUGACUUGUCAGCAACAAAUAUUCAAGAUGCUUGUAAAGAAUUCCCCGCUAUCUUGGGUCCCGAGAACGUCUCAACAGAACGUGCCGAUCUGGUUACCCAUUCGGGCUCUGACUAUCAGUCUUACGCCUGGACUGAAGAGUCAGCGAUCCUUUCACAAGUCAUCCUCUAUCCUGAGACUACAGAACAGGUUUCAGAGCUUAUGAAAGUAUGCUUCCAACGUCGGCUUCCUGUCACGCCAUACUCGGGAGGGACGUCGAUCGAAGGCCAGUACAUACCUCAUCUACAGGGCAUAUGUAUUGACUUUGGUCGAAUGAACAAUAUAGUAGAGCUCAACAAGUAUGAUCUCGACUGUGUUGUGCAACCCGGCAUUGGAUGGAUGGACCUGAACGAAGGGCUAGCAGCUCAUGGCCUAUUCUUCCCCCCAGACCCUGGUCCUGGCGCCAUGAUUGGAGGCAUGGUUGGUACAGGAUGCUCUGGGACAAACGCAGCUGCAUACGGAACCAUGAAAGACUGGGUCCUGUCACUAACCGUCGUACUUGCGGACGGAACAAUCAUCGAGACUCGCCAACGCGCCAGAAAGUCGAGUGCAGGUUAUGAUCUGACCAAGACCUUUAUCGGCAGUGAAGGAACCCUUGGCCUUGUCACGGAAGCUACACUAAAACUGGCAGUCAAGCCACCAUGUGAGGCCGUGGCCGUAUGCACAUUUCCAACACUACGAGACGCAGCAUCUGCAGUUCGAGAGGUGCUAUCUAAUGGCAUCCAGGUUGCGGCUGUUGAGAUUCUUGAUGAAGUACAAAUGAAGAGCAUCAACGACUCAGCGUUAACGAGAUUGGAAUGGAAAGAAGAGCCAACCCUGUUCUUCAAGUUUACCGGGAGUGAUGAGCUCAUCGUACAACACCUCGCCAAGCAAGUCGGUAGUAUCACGAAACAGAAUCACGGCACCGCCUACAUAUUCGCAUCCGACGAGACUGAGCGGAAUGAAUUAUGGUCCGCGCGGAAGAAUGCCCUCUGGAGUAUGCUGGCCAUGAGAAAAUCACCAACCGACAAAGUCUGGACUACUGACGGGGCUGUACCUCUCAGUAGGCUCCCUGACAUCAUCGAGUUUGCCAAAGACGAUAUCGAAAAGUCGGGCUUACUCGGCUCAAUUGUUGGGCACGUUGGUGACGGGAACUUCCAUACCCUGCUGCUCUUCCCCGAGGAGAAGCGUCAUAUCGCCGAAGAGGUCGUUCACCGAAUGGUUGAUAAAGCCAUCGAGAUGAAAGGUACAGCGACGGGCGAACAUGGCAUCGGACUUGAGAAGAGGGACUAUCUGGAGAAGGAGCUGGGAAAAGAAGCUGUUGAUGCAAUGCGAUCGAUGAAGAAUGCAUUUGACCCAUUAUGCAUAUUGAAUUGUGAUAAGGUGAUACGUAUGCAGGUGGCAUAG